AUGUUGGUGUUCAGCGCACAGGAUGACCUUCAACACACUUGCAUCCCAGAAGAUUCUGACGACCUGUCCAGGGUCAUUGAACCUGUGAGUCGCUUGGAGACCUGCAUUCCUGGUGGCCACCUGAGUGCUAAACAGGCCAAUUCCUACUGGGAGCAAAAGGCCAAGUCUGAAGGAACAUAUGUAAAUGGAUCAUACCCUGUGGAGUACAAUGAGCUCGCCACACUGAUGUCUCUGACAGGCGAGGAUGGCAUUCGCAGCCUGCUGACGAGGGGCACGCAUCGAGAGUUCAGCUACCAGGCUCUGUUGACCAUGCUGGUGUGGUAUGGUGUUGGUGCUGCAUUGGCUGCAGGGAGCAGCAUAUCCUCAGGCCUGUUCAUCCCCAUGAUGAUGAUUGGCGCACUCAUUGGGCGGCUGGUUGGGCUUAUGACCACGGCGCUGGUGGCUGCCAGUACAGGCAUCAUCAACGGCGUCUUCAGCGAGGACAGCCAGUUUGCCGCCAUCGACCCUGGUGUGUUCGCCUUCAUUGGUGCAGCAGCCUUCAUGGGAGGUGUCACACGGCUGACUGUCUCCCUGGCCGUGAUCAUGAUCGAGAUCAGCAACGACGUGCACAUGCUGCCGCCCAUCCUGGUGGCGGUGAUGAUCGCCAAGUGGGUUGCAGACUCGUGGACGCACUCGCUGUACCACGGGCUGCUGGAAGUGAAGUGCGUGCCCUUUCUGCCGCCUCAACCCAUCAGUAAGGACAGCCUGGACCUGAUGGAGACUCGGGCGGUUAUGCACAGCCCUGUGGUCACCAUGCGGGAGCAAAUGCGGGUUGCAGAGAUCAAAGAGGUGCUCCGGGAGACAUCACACAAUGGUUUCCCAAUAAUCCAAGACUCGCCACAUGGGGGCGUCUUCGGUGGCCUUAUAACGCGGCACCACUUGCUGGUGCUCCUUCGAGCAUUGCGGUCCAGGGGCUCGACUGGGCAUCUGUCGGUGUCAUACGAUGAGCUCAAGCGCAGGAACGUCACCGCAAAGGCCAGGCGGGAGGUGUCGGAGCAGCAGCGCGCCCUGCAGAUAGGCAACAAUGGGGACCACAGCGAAGGCGAUUCGUCAGACGAGUUGCUGGACCUCGGGAUGUACAUUAACCGGUCGGCCAUGAAGGUUCAAGAGUCUUUCUCUGUGGAGCGCACAUACAUCCUCUUUCGAACCAUGGGGCUGCGUCAUCUGGUGGUGGUGGACGAGCACAACCAUGUCAAGGGUAUCGUGACGCGGAAAGACCUGCUGGGCUUUAGAUUAGACGACGCCGCCACCAGAGAGGAGAUUAGAGGGAGCGGCGAUUGGGACUUGUGA